AUAAACACAUUAUAAGAAGGUGAAUGAAUCUCACAGCUUACAAUUACGAACAUAGUAAUGAAGAAGAGACUAAGCUUGAAGCAAAUCUUGGUGACUCUCUCCAACCUCGGUGUAUGUUUGUGCGUAAAACAUAUUGAUAGUAACAAGAUUCAAGAUUCUAACACAGAGAUCAAGAACGGAUCUCUAUGUCCCCAAGACGAUUCGGCUAUCGAAGGAAGAAGGAGAAUCAAAGUGGUGAUAACUAGGAAACAGCUGGAGCGCUUGUUGGCGAAGCAAGUUUCAUUGGAGCAGCUUGUUUUUGUGAAUCAGAGAACCUCUCUCAGUUGUUUUGACGACAGUAAGUGGAUCCCAAGGCUUGAAUCUAUCCAUGAAUCACCUGAAUUGUAAAAUUUUGGGUUUUAGAUGUUUCUUCAGACUUUGCGGCUCAUGGUGUUGUAUAUAUCAUAAAGUCUUUUUGUAACUUCAGUGUUAUUUAACUGAAUAAGUUUACAAGAA